AGCGACUGUAAAUAUUUCAUUAUAGUUAGGUUAGAGUGUGUCGAUUGUCAAAAUUUUGUUCGAUUUUGAACACCUUCCUGAAUAUAGCAACAAAUCGGUGAUGUUAGAGUUGAAAGAAGAUACGUUAGAUACGCAAGAUACAAAAGAUGAAACGCAGACUAAUAUUUCGGAAGAAGAGAGAAGAUCGAAGACGAGCAAUGUUGGUAGCGUAUCCUGUUUCCUUCCGACCCAGUCCGAUGAAGAUGACACGAUGGUGCGAGACUUGCCAGGAAUGAAUUUACCCGAGAAAAUUUUGUUCGUGAUUGACACCAUAAGAGAGAAGAAUUGCACUCCUUUUAAACUCACCACAGGAGCCAAGUACAUGCCUUUGUUUAUGAUCAAACGGAUCGUGGAAAAUUUCGUCUGCAUCAAAUCGUCCAUUCAAUCUAGCCACGAAUAUGCAUUAAUGAUUCUAAACACUCAAGGUGUGCACUGGAUUUGUGAUUUCACCAACAACAUUAAGACAAUUGUCAAUCUGUUAGAUACUAUUAACGAAGAUGUGCUGGAGGAAAAUCCGCAGAUUUAUUGUCUCGGUCAAAUGUUUGCGACAAUACAAUCCAGACUGCUUACACCACCAAAGAAACAGGGUACAACAGUGCCAACAUUUGUCAACAGAGUAAUUUUGAUGUACUCUAGAUCGUAUUGCGUCCCGAUAGUUUACACCGGCAAAACGUUUCUGGAGAGACUUACGGACAAUCCGUACUUCUUCAUAGAUGUGUUAUACAUACAUGAACCUCCAAGUUCAGAGAAUUCGUGCGAAAAAAUUUACGCAGAGUUAGCAACAUUAGAAACAACAAACUUUUCGUAUAUAUUAGAAGUAGGAAGGAAUGCUGCUAAAUUGCACGAUAAUAUGGCUAAGUUACUAGCUCAUCCCCUGCAACGACCGCCUCAGAAAGAUACUUGUUACACGAUUAUUCCACCUUCCAGCUCGCAAGAAAUGUAUACUAACGUUUGAU